GUUCCUCAUUCAUUCUCCUGUGUUUACGCGCAGCGGCGGGUAUCACAGGAAAGGAAAAAUAAAGGGGGACACCAUGGAAACACAAGUGAUGUAAAGAGAAAAAAAGAAAAAAAUCCAGAUCGGAUGUUGAUCAGGAGCAUCAUGACUGCUUUAAAGGACUAAUGAUUUUGGAUCUUGUCACUAUUUUAUACUUUUACCUGCAUCUAUCCGGAUCAGUCGUUCAUUCUGCGAUCCACUCUGGUCUUACAUAAACCCAGCAGUCAGCCUACUGGGCUUUGCUUCAUUUAAUUUCCAGUCCCGCUGUGAGGAUGGGCACCCGGCUGCUGGUUUGGCUCUGCACCAUCGCUGCCCUGUCGGGGACCCGUAGCCCCGCGGCUGCUGCGGGAAGAAGCUGUGCUGACACCCGGCAGGUGUACUCAGAGAAGGGGUACAGCACCAGCACCGCGCCUGUGACUCAGAUCUCCGGUGAGCACCUGCGACUUUGUCCUCAGGACUAUACCUGCUGCUCCAGUCAGAUGGAGGAGACUCUAUCACUUCAGAGUGAAAGGGACUUCUCGAAAGCCAUUGAAGACAACAGCCAAUUCCUCUUGACUACCUUCACACAGAGACACCGCCGGUUUGAUGAGUUCUUCCGGGAGCUUAUAGAACUUUCCGAGAAGUCUAUGAACCAGAUGUUUACCAAGACCUAUGGCCGCCUCUUCACUCAGAACACACACGUCUUCCAGGAGCUGUUUGUGGAGCUUCGGAGAUAUUAUUCCGGGGGCAGUGUGAGUCUGACAGAGGUCUUCUCAGACUUCUGGUCCGGACUUGUGGAGCGAGUCUUCUCAUUGGUCAACCCCCAAUAUCAGUUCAGUGAUGACUACCUGGAGUGUGUCAGCAAACACACUGAGCAGCUACAGCCGUUUGGAGAUGUUCCUCGCAAACUUCGAGUGCAGGUGUCCAGAGCUUUCAUAGCUGCUAGAGCUCUCUCACAGGGCCUAGCUUUUGGUCGGGAUAUGGUAAAUACGGCCACAAAGUUGACAGCAGAUUCAGAGUGUGUGCGUGGCCUUAUGCGUCAGUGGUACUGCCCCCUGUGUCGAGGCUUGCCCUUUCUCCGGCCCUGCCACUCGCUGUGCCUUAACGUGAUGAAGGGAUGCUUAGCCAAUCAGGCAGAGCUGGACACAGAGUGGAACAAUUUCAUAGAUGCUCUCUAUGUGGUAUCUGAGAAGCUGGAGGGGCCAUUUAACUUCGAACUUGCAGCCGACUCCAUUUCUGUAAAAGUGUCUGAGGCCAUUAUGCACAUGCAGGAGAACAGUGUGAGCAUCUCCAGAAAGGUGUUCCAAGGUUGUGGGAAUCCAUCUCCAGCAAGGAACAAACGUUCUCCCAGCGAGUCAGGAGGGAACAGGAAGCCCUUUCGCACCUACACCCCCGAGGAGAAACCCACCACAGCUGCAGGAACCAACCUGGAUCGGCUGGUUACUGAGCUGAAGGAGCGACUGAGGCCCAUGCGAGGCUUCUGGGUGUCCCUCCCACACACCAUCUGCAACGAUGAGAGGAUGGCUGCCGACGUCACUAAUGAGGACCGCUGCUGGAACGGGCAGACCCGGGGGAGGUACCUGCCGGAUGUUACAGGCAACGGACUCGCCAGCCAAAUAAACAACCCAGAGGUAGAGGUGGACAUUGCCCGUCCAGAUGUGAAGGUCAAACAGCUAAUCGUGGAUCUGAAGGUGGUGACCAACAAACUGAAGCAUGCUGAACGCGGACAGGAUAUAAAUUUCAUAGACAGUGAGGAGGGCAGUGGCUCAGGGGGUGGAGAUCAUGAUGAAAGGUACAGUGAUGAUUGGCCAGGUUAUGGCCCUCACUCUCCUCCGUACAGCAAAGCCCCACGUAACCCCGUCUCCAAUCCAGCAAAGCCUACGCGAGGUCGGGAGAGAAACGGGUCCAAGUGGAGCAGAAACCAUGGCCAGGGGCGCAUCAACGCCUCUGCCACCUCUACUCAUCUGCACCCUUCCUCCCUUGUUCCCUUGUUGUCCUUGCAGUUUGUGAUCAUGGUUUCCCCCUUGUGGAGAUAGCUGGUCAUUACAAUCUGGUGGUAUUGUAGGGAGUUUUCUGUCAUGCUGCCGUCAUAAGCACAUUCUGAAGACAAACCAAGGCUAAAUUAGCAAUAAAGAAAACACUUUUUUUACAUUAAAUUGAAGAAAUCAAAAUAAAAUUCUCUUUCCCCAAUUGUCUAAAGCAAACAUUCCUCAAUUUUCAGGUAAAAACAAAAACACACACGCAAAACAAAUAGAGCUAUGUUUUAAGUGCCAUUUGUGAGACUUUGACCUAUUGGAGUUUGUGACUGAAUGUGUACUUUUUUAAUGAAAGUUAAAAGAGAUUUUUGUAUUAUUAUUUUAACUUCAAGUGAUUUAGCACCUUUUUCUGAGUGUUUGAGACAGUGAAGAGUCUCAUCUGUGAAGUAGAGAUUAGUGGUCCCAAUUAUUAUUAUUAUGUUUCAGCAAAAAGUUGAUUCAAAUCAAGGACAUCUGUUUGCUGCUUUACUUACUUUCCUCGAUUGACUUUGAGCCUGUUACUUUUUUUUGUCUUGUCUAAGAGAGGGCUUUAACUUACAUGUCCAACUUGAUCCUAGAGAUAAAAACAAACACAUUACUCUGAAAACCAAACCAGGGGCUGAGUUUGAAUGUAAAGUAUUAAACCUUUUUUUUUUUUUAACUUAUUUGUAAAAUAUUUUGUUGAUAUACAUGAGUUUGAAGGCACUGAUUUGUGUAACUGGAAAAAAGAGAACAGUGAAGGUACAUCAUUAAUCAUGAUCUUAGACUAUAGUCACCACACUUUUGUAAAACAUUUUCCAUUAUUUGAAGUAUUCUAUUUGAAGCUUUAAAAAUGUUCAUUCUGAGCCAAACUUUUUCACCGAAUAACACCAGCAAGUCAGAAGAGAUUGUCAAUUCAGAAAAAAAGCCUUCCAGUAGAAACGGUGGCAUGGUUUCACUACACACAGUAUUAAAUGAAUGAAAGUGUUUUAAUGAUGUGCUUUUGAUGAUCAGCAGCCAGAUAAUUGAGUGACAGCAUCCGUUGUAUAUGUUAAACUUCAGGAACUCGUUCUCUGAUAACUGCAAACAUUCCUGUCAAGGUGAAAAUAUGGCACAACUUUUUUUCAUGUUGUAAUUGUUUUUGGUAUCAAACCAGUGAUAUUUUCAGCUUCAAUAAAAACCGGAA